UUGUGGGUGUGGGCAUAUCAUACAGGAGUGCUUUCCUAUAAGGAAUGCAUGCUUCAUUCUCUCAUCUGUUCAGGUGUGAAGAGGAGCGUUCGCAUCGAAGGUUAUUUGAAGAUUAAGGAAGAACUGUGUCUACUGCAGUGACUUGAUUAAUCUUAAAACAAAAUUCCCCAAAAUUUUGUUUUGUUGUUGUGCUCCGUAGAGAGCUUAUUUUUAUCGCAAACACCCAUAAAACAGACACAGAAUGGAAAGAGGAGAUUUUGUCCACAAGGCCAAAUUGGCUGAGCAAGCUGAGCGUUAUGAUGAUAUGGUGGCUUUUAUGAGGGAAGUGACCAAGGCUGGCCAAGAACUCUCUAAUGACGAAAGAAACUUGCUGUCUGUUGCCUACAAGAACGUAGUGGGCGCACGCAGGUUGGCCUGGCGGGUCAUAUCCAGCAUUGAGAAGAAUCCUGAAGAGAAGGACAAGAAGCUUGAGGUGGUUAAAGCAUACCGGGAGAAAGUGGAGGGUGAACUCCGAGAUAUCUGCAAUGAUGUACUGGAUCUGCUGGAUAAAUAUCUCAUAAAGAAUUCCACAUUUAGCGAAAACAAGGUCUUUUACCUGAAGAUGAAGGGAGACUAUUACAGAUACCUUGCUGAAGUGGCCCCUAAAGAUGAUAACUCUGCUAUAAAUGAUUCUCAGAAAGCCUACCAAGAGGCAUGUGACCUGAGCAAUGCUGAGAUGCCGCCAACACAUCCCAUCCACCUGGGCCUCGCCCUGAACUUCUCUGUCUUCUACUACGAGAUUCUCCGCUCUCCAGAGAAGGCUUGUAACCUCGCCAAAGAGGUACUUGACAAAGCCACAGCAGACGUCAAUUCAUUGAAUGACGAGUCUUUUAAAGACAGCAGCAUCAUUAUACAGCUGCUACGAGAUAACAUCUCAUUAUGGACAUCUGAUAAUGGAGAGGAAAAUGAAGGACAGCAGAGCUGAAACUUCCAUGCCUUGAGAUUAGAUGGGGAACAAAUGAUCUAUAGGAUGAAAAUCAUUCUUUUAAAAAUCCAUCAGCUCACACAGUUUUCUAGUGCACCUCAGUGCUGCUAUUUAAGCUAUGUUAUGGGUUAUACCAUUGUUAGUCCAUUCUAAUGCUCUUAAUGCAGAAGCAAAAAAAAAAAAAAUCACCAUCAUAUUUAAACUAGUGUUCACAUUUAAAUAGUGCAUUUUACUCUAAUAUUUGCGUAAUGUGUUUUGCAUACAGGUUAUAUGUGCAUAUGGUCUAAUAUGGUCAUUUUUAUAAUGGUAUUAGCAUUAAUGUGGUGAUUUCUGCUGGUGUCAUUUCUUAAUGGGGAAUCAAAUGCUGAAUUUUUUAUCUUUAGAAUAUUGUGGGUAUGUAUCUUUUGUACUGAUGCAACUACUAAUGAUAUUCAAAAGCCCUAAUUACUUGGUCACGUACGCAAUGUAAAAAUCCACAUGAAAGCAACAGCCAUGACAAAAAAAAAUGAAUAUCAGUUAAAAUAUUCAUAAUAAAAUUGAAAAUUGAGGAAAAA